CAACGGGGGCCUCGGGGUCGGAGGGGAGUCAAAUAUCCGAACAUGGCCUUUGCCUUCGGCCCCUUCGGCGCCUUUGGUCCUCUCGUGUCUGAACGCGGGCGUGCUGACGUCUCGACACGCUAGACCAAUGGCGUUUUCCUAAAUAUUUGCGUAGGCAGCAGCGUUUUAAAGGUCAUGAACUUUCACCUUCCGAUCGACUGGUUCCCAUGCUGCGCUCGGCUGUUACGCUCGGCCGGCGGCGCCAAAGCUCGCGUGGUUGUGAGAGGUCACGCCUGUGACGUUCGGCGCGCAAGGUCAGUUGCUCCGCCGUCGGCCCGCUCUUCGCACGUUCCGCCAGCCGCUAGAGAGGAAAAAAAGUGUCAAGUUCGGCCCGUGACGUGAUCGGGACGGAAACGAGCGUGUCAGAGUCCUUCGGCCUUCGACGAGGCAUCGGUCACCCGUGGCAGCGGCGUGAAAAAGUUAAAACAGAAUGCUCCACCCUUGCGCCGAGGACCCGGCCACCUGACACGGGGGAUUUGCAUCACGGGCAUCUGAAACUGGUCCCCAACCAUGUGGUCCUGAGGAGGGUGUGCGAACGAGGCUGAUGGCCUCGGCCCAGGAGGACAUCAAGGAGGAGCGCCAGAGCCCCACCUCCCUCGCCGGAGGCUCAGAGAAUGGAAGCAGCCCCGGCAGUCCCGAGUCCGGGGACACCCAGGAGAGCGGCGGCGGGGGCGGCGGCGGCCCGUGCGCACCGGAGUGGGCGGCGCUGUGCCUCCAAGAGCUCCAGGAGCCUCGCCGAGGUGCCACCGCCGCCACGGCUCCGGUGCCCCUCGAACAGUGCGUGGUGUGUGGGGACCGCGCAUCGGGGCGGCACUACGGGGCAGUGAGCUGCGAGGGCUGCAAGGGCUUCUUCAAGCGCAGCAUCCGCAAGCAGCUGGCCUACAGCUGCAGGGGAGGCCGGGACUGCCAGGUGACCAAGCACCACCGCAACCGCUGCCAGUACUGCCGCCUCCACAAGUGCCUCACCAUGGGCAUGCGCGCCGACUCUGUGCAGUCGGAGCGGAAGCCCAGCACGGACUCGUCGCUUCGGGCCGAGAAGGGUGCCGGGCUGGUGCUGGCCGCCCUCAGCCUGCCCGGCCCCGGUGGCCCCGUGCAGCGUGGGGGAGCGCACCAGUCCACCGGCCUCAUGCUCAUGGAUCCGCAGGAGUCCAAGGGUUUCCUGACGGGGAGCCAGGACAGCACGAAUCCUGCCAUCCUGGGUUGGACCUCCUGGGACGACGAGGACGGAACGGUCGACGAUGACGACGCCCUCUCGAGAUCCCGGCUGAGCCCUCCCCCGUCCAACUCGUGGGGCCCCCUGGUGUCGGAGGAGCUGGUCCCCUUCCAGCUGACCCUCCCCGAGAGUCCCCCCGGCGGAGCCCUCAACGUGCACUACGUGUGCGAGAGCGCCUCCCGGCUACUCUUCCGCUCCCUCCACUGGGCACGCUCCCUGCCGGCCUUCGAGGAGCUGCCGAUGUCCCUGCAGCUGACGCUGGUGCGUUCGGCCUGGAGCGAGCUGUUCACCCUGGGGCUGGCGCAGUGUGCGGAACAGCUUUCCCUGCCCGCCCUGCUGUCCGCCCUGGCCUCCCAUCUGCGCACGGCGUCCCCCAAGAACGGCGGCUCAGGGACGUCCCAGCGCGGCCUGGUGGCGGAGCACGUGGCCACUCUGCAGCGGCUGGUCGGGGCGCUGCAGCGGCUACGCCUGGACGACCGAGAGUACGCCCUGCUCAGGGUCAUGGUGCUCUUCUGCCCAGACCGGCCGGGGGUGGAGCGCAGCUGGUGCGGCCGGCUGGAGCAGCUCCAGGAGCGGGCGUGCCAGGAGCUGAGAGCCCGCUCGGGGCCGGACUGGGAGCAGCGGCUGCCCCGGCUGCUGCUGCGGCUGUCGGCGGUGCGCUCCCUGCGGCCGGCCCUCACCGAGGAGCUCUUCUUUGCGGGCCUCAUCGGCAGCGUGCGCAUCGACAGCAUCCUGCCCUACAUCCUGCGCAUGGAGCCCCACCAGAUGGAGCCCGGUGCAUUGCAAGAGGCAGCCAGCUGAGGAGGAACUUCUGCCGGGCACGUUCCAGUUGGCCACAGGUGCCUUUGCGAGCUUUAAUGUGGGGGAGGGCUGUCGUCGCCCCCCACCACGCCGAGAGCACUACAUUAUUUUUUCUUUUAAAUAAAAGGAAACAGUCGCUUGUCAUUGUCUUUCUC